UUUAAUUCACGUGAUUGCAAUUACCUCCACAUACAUUUUUUUUUACAAGAGAAACGAGUGAAAAUCAGACCAACGUAAUUUCUUCAAGUCUUAUGUGCAACAUUUUAUAUAAUACAUAUAAUUUGUUGUAAAAAAAAUAUAAUUUAACAUGCCAACGGUUACUCUUAUGAAAAUUAAAUCCGGUAAAAAAAUAAAUAUAAAUAAAUUUGUAAUAAAAUUAAAGCGAACACCAAAUUAAGUUGGUAAAUAAAAAAAAAGCAAGCUAUUAAUCCAAGGUAAUAAAUACAAGGUAUCUAUUAAAAAAUAUAUUUAUGGAAGAAUUUAGAUUUUAGUUUGACGUAAACACGUGAAAUAAAAUAGUUAUGGUGGGGAAAGAGUUAAUUAAUGCGAUACAUUCUACCAAACUAUUCAGUCUUGAUUCAAACGUUGACCAGACUACGGUUCAAAUAAUUGUAUGAGUACUUAUUUAUUGAAAAUAAAUAGAAUUUACUAUUCAUUAUCUCUGUACUUACUGUCUUGUGUUCAUUUAUUUGCUACAAAUACUCAUUUUUUUUACUAUUUGUAAUCUUGAUUGUUUAAGAAAUUUUUUUCUAACGAGCAUUGAAAGCUAAAGAUAAUUUUUUGAAUAAAAUUUUGAUUAAAAAAUGCCAAGUGGUAAAACGAGAGUUGCAAUAAUUGGAGGUGGAGUUGCUGGAUUAAUUGUCGCGCGACAUGUGUCUGCAAGAGCAAAAGAUUAUACUCUUACCCUAUUUGAACAAACUGAUCAAGUUGGAGGGACUUGGGUUUACACAAAUGAAACUGAAGUUGAUAAAAAUGGUCUUCCUGUACAUAGCAGUAUGUACAAAAAUCUUAGAACAAAUUUGCCAAAAGAAAUAAUGCAGAUACCAGACUUCCCUUUUAAAGAUGAAGAUGGACCAUCAUUUGUACACCACUCUGUUAUUCGUCAAUAUUUACAAGACUAUACUCAGCAUUUUAAUCUCUAUCCUCAUAUAAAAUUCAAUACUCUAGUUGAACAUGUGGAACCAGUAACGUCAGGUGGACAGACCACUUGGCUGAUUACUUACAAAAAUAUGACGACACAAGAACAAACAACCAAGACAUUUGAUGUUGUCGUACUCUGCAAUGGCCAUUACACCGUUGGUAAUAUUCCUAAAAUAAAGGGGAGCGAUACGUUCACUGGUAGCUGCAUCCACAGUCACCAGUAUCGGAUCCCAGAGAAAUACAAAGGAAGAAAAGUUUGCAUCCUCGGAGCUUCUUGGUCUGGGAUUGAUAUUGCUAUUGAAGUUGCUAAAUAUGCUGAUAAGGUAUACUUGAGUCAUAAUUUACCGGAAGGACUGAACGCUAAGAUGUCUGAUAAUGUCGAACAAAGGGCAGGUAUUGAAUUUAUUGAUCGCAAUACCUUUCACUUCAGAGAUGGAACAUCUGCUGAAAUUGAUGAUUUCAUUUAUUGUACUGGCUACAAGUUUACGUACCCGUUUAUGUCUGACAAAGUCUCAGUGAAAACUGACGACAAUCAUGUUGAGCCAGUUUACAAACAUCUUGUCCACGCGGAAGUACCGAAUUUAUUUUUUAUGGGAUUACCGGGAAUCGUUAUACCCUUUCCGAUGUUUCAUAUACAAUCGCAGUAUAUUCUGAAGAUUCUUGACGGAGAUAUUAAAUUGCCGACUGCUGAAAAAAUGCGGCUGGAUUAUGAGAAUGAGAAGAAAAUUCUUCUCCAACAAGGAAUACCUAUAAGACAUAUUGUUAAAAUGAAAGAACGCCAGUGGAGUUAUUAUGACGAAAUCGCGACAGCAGCAAACGUUGCAUCAUUUCCCCCGGUCAUUAAAAAAAUUUACGAUCACUCAAAUGCUAUGCGAGAAUUAGAUUUCAUGAACUAUAAAAAUUAUCAGUAUAGAAUUAUUGAUAAAGAGAAUUUUACAGUUAAUUACUGUAAGCCUUGCUAAGGUUUACAUUUAAAUAAUAAUUAUAAUGAUGUGCAUUUAUUUACGAGACUAAAAUAAUUAUUGUAUUUUAAUUUUUUUACUUUUUUAUGUUUGUA